CCUUUCAUUUGACAAGCAAAAUAGAGCUGGGCUGAGUUUGGCCGAAAGAGAAGAAAAGCUCCGUGCAUUAUCUACACUUGUACACCGCAAAGAUGUCCGAGGAGCGAUCUGAAAGGUCCGAUGGGAGGAUUGUGAAGAUGGAGGUGGACUACAGUUCAACUGUAGACCAGCGUCUCCCCGAAUGUGAAAAAAUGGCUAAAGAGGGAAAGUUGCAGGAGGCCAUCGAGAGUCUGUUGUCACUGGAGAAGCAAACCAGAACAGCUUCAGACAUGGUGUCAACAUCCAGAAUCCUUGUGGCUGUGGUCCAAAUGUGUUAUGAAGCCAAAGACUGGGAUUCGCUGAAUGAAAACAUCAUGUUACUCACCAAACGGAGGAGUCAGCUCAAACAGGCUGUUGCCAAAAUGGUGCAAGAAUGUUACAAGUACGUGGAUGCUGUGACCGAUCUGACCAUCAAGCUUAGGCUCAUCGACACACUUCGCACUGUGACUGCUGGAAAGAUCUACGUAGAGAUCGAGCGUGCCAGGCUCACAAAGACCCUGGCCAAUAUCAAGGAGCAGAGCGGAGAAGUCAAAGAGGCAGCUUCCAUUCUCCAAGAGCUGCAGGUGGAGACAUAUGGCUCCAUGGAGAAAAAGGAGAAGGUGGAGUUCAUCUUGGAACAGAUGAGGCUUUGCAUUGCUGUCAAGGAUUACAUCCGCACCCAGAUCAUCAGUAAGAAGAUAAACACCAAAUUCUUCCAGGAGGAAGGCACAGAGGAGUUGAAGCUGAAGUAUUACAACCUGAUGAUUCAGGUGGACCAGCAUGAGGGCUCCUACCUGUCUAUCUGCAAACACUACCGGGCCAUUUAUGACACCCCCUGCAUCUUGGAGGACAGCAGCAAGUGGCAACAGGCCCUGAAGAGUGUGGUGCUGUACGUGAUUCUCUCUCCUUAUGACAACGAGCAAUCAGACCUUGUGCACAGAAUCAGUGCAGACAAGAAAUUGGAAGAAAUCCCAAAAUACAAGGAUCUUCUGAAGCAGUUCACUACUAUGGAGCUGAUGCGCUGGGCCUCCUUGGUUGAAGAUUACGGAAAGGAGCUGAGAGAGGGCUCGCCCGACAGCCCCGCAACAGAUGUCUUCUCUUAUUCAGAGGAGGCCGAGAAAAGGUGGAAAGACCUGAAGAACAGAGUAGUGGAGCACAACAUCAGAAUAAUGGCCAAGUAUUACACCAGAAUCACAAUGAAGAGGAUGGCUGGACUCCUUGACCUCUCCAUUGAUGAAUCAGAGGAGUUCCUCUCCAGCUUAGUUGUAAACAAGACCAUCUACGCCAAGGUGGACCGGCUGGCUGGCAUCAUCAACUUCCAGAGGCCCAAAGACCCCAACGACCUGCUCAACGACUGGUCGCACAAACUCAACUCGCUCAUGUCUCUGGUCAACAAGACCACGCAUCUCAUUGCCAAGGAGGAGAUGAUCCACAACCUUCAGUGAAACACAAACAGAGUGCAUUAUUUUACAUUUUGGUUCAUGUUUGUUUUUGUUUUGUUUCCUUCUGUGGAAAUGUUCUUUUUGGAUAUACGGUAUACUGGCAGACUGUAAAUGCAGCCAAAUUCCAAUGUCAUACAAUUAGGGGGAAAACAAUCUGCAAUGCCUACAUGUGACAUGUUAUCUGCAAAUAUGUUACCGAUUGCCAUUCGAUUGAAUAUAUAUAUUCACUAUAGCAUUUGUUGCUGUAUCAAAACAUGGCUGUAAACUCCUGUCAGUGUGUACACGGCGAUGUAAACAAUAAACUCCUUGUAUUUGGUUAACA